AUCCUGGUGGGCUUCUCUGACCAGCCCCACCUGGAAAAGAUCCUCUUCGUGCUGGUGUUGGUGUGCUACCUGUUGGCCCUGGUGGGAAAUACGGUCAUUAUUCUCAUCUCCUCCAUUGACUCUAAGCUCAAAACACCCAUGUACUUCUUCCUCAGCCACCUCUCCUUAGCUGAUCUCUGUUUUACCACCAGUGUUGUCCCCCAGCUGCUGUGGAACCUCCGGGGACCAGACAAGACCAUCACAGUCUUGGGCUGUGUGGUCCAGCUCUAUGUGUUCCUGGCAACAGGCUCCGCCGAGUGUGUCCUGCUGGUGGUGAUGGCUUUUGACCGCUGUGCUGCUGUUUGCAAGCCUCUGCACUAUGCCACUGUGAUGAACCCACGGGUGUGCAGGGCUCUGGCAGGGGUUGCGUGGCUGUGUGGAUUAGGAAACUCUCUCAUGCAUUGCACUCUCACACUCCUGUUGCCUCGUUGUGGACACCAGCGAAUCAACAAUUUCUUCUGUGAGGUGCCGUCAAUGAUUAAGCUUGCCUGUGUGGACGUCCAUGCCAACGAGGUCCAAGUGUUUGUUGCUUCAUUAAUCUUGCUCUUCUUGCCCUUAUCAUUGAUAGUGAUGUCUUAUGGGUUAAUAGUCAGGGCGGUUGUAAGGAUCAAGUCAGCCCAGGCCUGGCGCAAAGUCCUGGGGACAUGUGGGUCCCACUUGACAGUGGUGUCUCUCUUCUAUGGAACUGGCCUCAUGAUCUAUGGCCAGCCCAACAGCUCUUUUUCCCACACGCAGGGGAAAUUCAUCUCCCUGUUUUAUACAGUAGUGACCCCAACUCUCAAUCCCCUCAUUUACACUCUGAGGAAUAAAGAUGUGAAGGGAGCCCUGGGACGACUAUUUCGCAGAGACAAGGGCUCACAAUGA